GCAGUCUCAGGCCCCUGGCCGCAGGAUGGUGGCAGGGCUGUCCCUGGCCCGCAGUCCCGGGAGCUGGCUGGUCCCUGGGCUGUGGCUGCUGGUGCUCAGCUGUCCUGGGGGGCUGGUGAGCACCCAGGAGCAGCCCUCCUGCAGAGGAGCCUUUGAUCUCUACUUCGUCCUGGACAAGUCUGGGAGUGUGGCAAACAAUUGGAUUGAAAUUUACAAUUUUGUCCAGCAACUUACAGAGAGAUUUGUGAGCCCUCAAAUGAGAUUAUCUUUCAUUGUAUUUUCUUCUCAAGCAACCAUUAUUUUGCCAUUAACUGGAGACAGGGGCAAGAUUAGUAAAGGCUUGGAGGAUUUAAAACGUGUUAGUCCAGUAGGAGAAACAUACAUCCACGAGGGACUAAAGCUAGCAAAUGAACAAAUUCAGAAAGCAGGAGGCUUAAAAACCUCCAGUAUCAUAAUUGCUCUGACAGAUGGUAAGUUGGACGGUCUGGUGCCAUCAUAUGCAGAGAGAGAGGCAAAGAUAUCCAGGUCAUUUGGCGCUAGAGUUUAUUGUGUUGGUGUCCUGGACUUUGAACAAGCUCAAGUGAGUACAGCAGAUCUGCAAACUUUAAUCUAA